AUGCACCACAAUAGUAUCACGUUGCCGCCUUUCCAGUCGCCACCACCCGACCACCGCGAGGGUUCGGCGGUCCUCGUCAAGCUCAAGAAGGACCACCCGUACCUCUUUUACCUCGCCCGCGCCUGUCGCCUCUGCGUGCAGGCGUUGGACCUCGUCGCUGUCAUUAUCAUUGCCGUCGUCCACAACUGGACGCUCAACGACGACCUCGGGAACGCGCCCUUUUCCCUUACGCCG